AUGAGUGCGGGGCCUGGAUGUGAAAGCCUCAGGAAAAGAAUCCGGUUGGACCCCUUCCUCGCCUCCGCCGCCCCCUCCAGCAGCAGCAGCAGGAGCCCGGAGGAAGGACAGCCCCCUUCCUGGGAUAGGGAAGAGCCACAGCAGCAGCCGCCGUCUCCUCUUCCUCCUCCUUCCCCCAACAGGGACCGAGGGCCCAGAAGCAGCCACAGCAAAGGCAGCCCCGCAGUCACGGUGGGGAACAAAGUUUACAAACAAAGGAGGAUUACCUCUUGGAUGGAGAAUAAAGGGCCCAAGACCAUGGAUUCAAAGAGCCUACAAAAUAAAACUAGCAGUGCAGAAGCAGAGCCCAAAAUGGCAUCAGAAAAAAAAGAGAAUGUUUUUGAACAUGAUGUGAAAAAGGUCGAGGAUGUUCUUCAUCGGGGUUCUUCAAGAUUAUCUGCAGAAGUGAGCCCCAGGCCUGUGGCCUUGACUCAAGCGGGCACCCUCCAUAAAUGGGAAGUGGAGGAAACGUGUAGGGACCCACAUCCAGAAACAGAAUCUAUGAAAGGAGGCCAGACUGGAGACCAGUUGAAGAAUGCCAAUGUUAAUCAAACACACAGAGUCGGUAGCCAGCUUUGUUGGGGAGGCAACGAAAACCAGGAGAACUGCACUCAUAGGAAGUUUUCACUGGGCAGCCCUGCGAAGGCAGCCAAUGAAAAAGAGCCCCUGAAAGAUGGCAGUGUGGAUAGACAAGGGGUGAUGCAAAAUCCACAACCAUUUCAGAACUGCGGCUCGGAGCAUCUUACUUGCAUAACUGCUGAGCUGGAUGGGGUAGAUGUAGUUCCCGAGAGCCCCCUUUCAGAUGCAGGCUGUGAUGCGUCUUCCUCAGAUUUGCAUGAUGCACAACAUGGAGAUCGAGGGUGCAUGGGGGAGUCUCCCUCUUUCGAGAGAGAGAGCGAAGCCGAAUCGCCGAUGGAUGUAGAUAAUUCCAAAAACAGCUGUCAGGGCUCGGAGGCUGACGAGGAAACGAGUCCGCUUCUUGAGGACCAGGAAGACAUCGACGGAUCAAAAGUGCUAAACAGAUCCUCACGUUUUCAAAGGGCAGAGGCUGACUUGGAUGUAAGGAAGCCUCCGUUUGCGUCCCGGAGAAGUGAAGGUGCUCGAUUUAGUCUUAAUUUGGAAGGGGUGGACAAUCCAGCCAAAGAGGUUGAAACGCGCUCCGAGGCAUACGGUGUCUCACCAGUUGCGUCGUCAGAAUGCAGAGGUGCCAAACACUGCGGGAGGAAGGACUCUAAAAUCACUGCACACUUUGCAAGGGUUCCCAGGACAGAGGAAAAAAGGAAUGAGUCGUGUGAAGUAAAGCCUCAUAGGCCGGGAAGAAAGAUUGCAAGAUAUACCCCACCUCCACUUCCAACCAAUAGAAAAUGGUUUGGGACACCUAUUGAAGAGAUGAGGAGAAUGCCGAUGUGCGGGGCUCGUCUUCCCCACUUGAGACCGUCAGCCAGCCACACAGUGACAAUCAGAGUAGAUCUUUUGAAGGAAGGAGAAGUGCCUAAGCCUUUUCCAACACAUUAUAAAGAUUUGUGGGACAAUAAACACGUCAAAAUGCCUUGUUCAGAACAAAAUUUGUAUCCUGUGGAAGAUGAGAAUGGUGACAGGACUGCUGGCAGCCGAUGGGAACUUAUCCAGACGUCAUUGCUCAAGAAAUUCACCAAUUCCCGUGAUUUGAAGGAAGCGAUUCUCAGAUACAAUGUUGCUUAUGCCAAGAAAUGGGACUUCACAGCCCUUACUGACUUCUGUGAUAAGGUACUUGAAGACGCAGAAGCUCAACAUCUGUUUCAAUCCAUUCUGCCUGAUAUGGUGAAGCUGGCGCUCUGUCUGCCGAGCAUCUGCACCCAGCCAAUACCUCUACUGAAACAAAAAAUGAACCACUCCAUCACGAUGUCGCAAGAGCAGACGGCCAGUUUGCUCGCAAAUGCCUUCUUCUGCACUUUCCCACGACGUAAUGCCAAGAUGAAAUCGGAAUAUUCAAGCUACCCAGAUAUUAACUUCAACAGGUUGUUUGAAGGACGUUCACCGAGGAAGCCUGAGAAACUGAAAACCCUUUUCUGCUAUUUCAGAAGAGUUACAGAGAAAAAACCCACUGGAUUGGUGACAUUCACAAGGCAGUGCCUACAGGAAUUUCCAGACUGGGAAAGAUCUCAGAAAAAACUGUCCAGGUUGCACGUCACAUAUGAAGGGACUAUCGAAAGCAACGGUCACGGGAUGUUACAGGUUGAUUUCGCCAACCGUUUUGUUGGAGGCGGCGUCACCGGCGCAGGACUGGUGCAAGAAGAGAUCCGUUUCUUAAUCAAUCCAGAACUGAUUGUGUCUCGUCUCAUUACAGAAGUCCUGGAUCACAAUGAAUGUUUAAUUAUCACAGGUUCAGAGCAAUACAGUGAAUAUACUGGAUAUGCUGAAACAUACCGGUGGGCCAGGAGUCGUGAAGAUGAAACGCCAAGGGAUGAAUGGCAGAGGCGCUGCACAGAAAUUGUGGCCAUCGAUGCAUUUCAUUUCAGACGUUUCCUCGAUCAGUUUGCUCCCGAGAAAAUUAGAAGAGAGCUCAACAAGGCCUAUUGUGGCUUCUCCCGACCUGGAGUCCCACCGUAUCAUCUUUCAGCUGUAGCCACAGGAAACUGGGGAUGUGGUGCCUUCGGAGGUGAUUCCCGACUGAAAGCCUUAAUACAAAUCAUGGCAGCUGCGGAAGCUGGGAGAGAUGUUGUUUAUUUCACCUUUGGAGAUGCUGAGUUGAUGAGAGACAUCUACAGCAUGCACACUUUCCUGUCUGAGAGAGGACAAACUGUUGGGGAUGUUUACAGGCUGUUGCUCAGAUACUACAAUGAGGAAUGCAAGUGUUGCUCUGCCCCAAGACCAGAAGUCAAACUCUACCCUUUCAUAUACAGCUCAGUAGAAUCAUCUGCGAACGUCACUGACGAUGAGAAAGGAUUCAGUUUUGAUGAGUAG